CCCAUUCCCAUUAUGGGUCCUUCUGCGUGUGUGUGAGCUUCAUCUUUCACCCUUCAACACCAACUCAUCCUUCAACUCUUCAGUGCUUUCAUCUUCAACCUUCAGUCUUCCACGAAUCGGAUGAGCUUCAUCCAUUUUUCUCGACCAAUUCAUCCUUCAACCCUAAUUCUCCCUCUCCACGACUCCAAUUCAUAACCGCUCUGAUGACGAAGGACAAGUCCAAUCUCGACGGCGCCGCCAGCUAUUCGUCCAGACCUCUGUCCUCUUUCGUUAAAAAAGUCGAUCUUCAAAUUUUCACUCACGAGCUCCAGCAAAGAGAGACCGCAAUAGUAUCACGGAAGAAACUUGUUAAAGACACCAAGGUCAACAAUGGAUCCUUUUCUGCUACUGAGCAACUUCUAAAACUGAACCCUGUGCUCGAAUCGCUCCUGGUUGGCGAGGAACUUGUGGACCAGAAGAGAUAUCUCGAAUACUCUUGCAAACCAAAGUGUGUGAAACCAUUACUUGAAUAUCUGGUUAUUGGAAGCUGAAAGGUGGAACAAACAAAGAUCAAUUGCAUAAGAUUUUCUACUACUAAGAGGAUUUAAUUUUGUUUGUUGGGAUAGUGAGG